GAGAAGCUCAAUUGUUUUAAGGGCACAUAGCUAUUCAUAGAAUCGCAUAUAACGUCUCAUUUCCAAUUACAACUGUUUUGUGGUGGUUUUAUUUCCAAUUCUACGGUUUCAAUCAAAGGGUGUAUGAUAUAUUAUAUGGUUAAUCUGAUUGAUACCACUAUCUUGAAUCCCAUCAGAAGCUAUUAAGAAAUGAACGGUGCAGGGUUUGACUGGUUAAACAUUGCAGGGCUAAGCUCCGAUAGUAACUUGCCUCCACCACCUGUCUCAUUUGGUGUCACGCCCACGUCUUCAACAUCUUCUGUGGAUUUGGUAUCCCAACAACAACAACAACAUCAACGAGAAAAAUCAACCUCAAUAUCCCAAAAGAGUCAAAGUGAAGAUAACUUAGCAACUGCUCAACCAAGCUACGUGGAAACGGAUGCUGAUACCUCAGUACCAUUGUCUUUAACUGUGGAUCAAUUAACUAAAGAUGAAGCUAAAACUUAUCUAAGAUGGUAUAAUGAUAUCGUUGUUAGAAGAAAUACAAAAUUGAUAAGGCUGAAGGAUGUCUUCAAUUUCCUAAGUAAUUUCAAAUUGAAUGAACAUGUUCGAAACAUAUUGGAAAGAAUCUUCAGAUCUUGUUCAACUUUAAAUAUUGGUGAAUUUUUUGCAUUAUUAAGAUUAAUAUCUCAUGCCAUAAUGGGUCAGAUUAUACCUGCUAGAAGAUUAAUUAAAGAACCAGCUCCUAUACCCAAGCCCAAAUCAAUUUUAUCUAGGAAAAGAAUGAAUGAUGUGGAAAAUGAUGAUGAUGACAAUGACAAAGAAGGUUCAAAUAACGAAGGUAACGAUAACAACUCAAUAGCAACAGUAGCAGCAGCUUCCAAUGCUGAUUCUAGCAAAUUUGAUUUAGAUUCUUUUACUCAAUUUAUCUUAACUGGUGAAAGACCUGGUACUGAAGAUUCAUCAUUAAGAAGAAGGAAAAAAAAUGCAUUAUCUAAAAGGGUCAAAAUCUCUGAUGAAGUUUCAGUGGAACCAAGUGCAGAAGCUUCUUCACCCCCUGUUAAUUUGGACUUGACAUUACCUAUGGAUCAAUUAAUUGGUAGAUUUCCUAAACAUGAACCAAAACAUGAAAAGAAUAUAAAUGAAGAGGAAGAAUUAAAAGAAAUGCAAGAUUCAUUUGAUCAUUUUAAGAAUAUUAAAAACGUUGAUAGUGCUCUAAUCCAUGGUACCCCUGCUAAUAUCCCUUCAAUCUUUUUUGAUAAUGAAAUGAGUCAAAAUAACAAUUCUCCAAGAGUUGCAUCCCCUGAUCCUUCAAGUCAAGUUAGAUUAUUAUCACCAAAUCAUACGGGCCCUGUUAAUACUCAAGGUUUAUUACCACCGAAUCAUACAGGACCAGCAGGUAAUUCAGGCUUAUUACAACCAACAACUACCGGUGGUGGUGAUGAAUUUUUAAAUAGUUUAUUAUCACCAAAUAACACUACUGGUCAUCAACAGCAACAGUCAUUACCACAUUCAAACGGAUAUUUAUCACCAAAUUAUACAGGUCAAGCUAAUGAAGCACCAUUACAACCUACAAUGACAGGAUCUGUCGCACCUAGUAUGCGUCAAAGUUUUGGAUUAAAUCAAAGGGUUAGUUCUGCAUCACCUUCAUUUGGGAAUUCAAAUAAUUUAUCAGUUCCAAUGCCACCACAAAGUCGACAAAGAUCGCUAUCAUCACCAAUUCCUUUUGAUCCGUCUUUACAACAAAGAGUAACAUCUCCAAUAUCAUCAACAAGAUCUCCACCACCCCCACCGCCUCCAAGAGCUAGAGCCAAUACAACAACUUCACAAGCACCUCCACCACCACCAUCUAGAAAUUCACAUCCAGGUCCUGCACUACCUCCAAAGAUCCCUAUGCAAAAUACUUCAUCACCUUCACCUUCAUUUUAUCAACAACAACAACAACCAUUUCAACAAAAUAAUCCAUAUGUUCAUAAUAAUGAUAGUACUUCAAGCAGUACAGCUGAUAUUUUGGGUGAUUUGAAAGCAUUACAAUCAGAAGUGGAUAGACUACAGUACUACCAGAGAUGA